GGCGCAUGCCUCCAUCCCGGCCCCUCCCCUUAACGGACCUGUCGCUCUGUGACAGGCGGAGGGGCCAGUUCCUGUUGGGCGAGGGGGCGGAGUUAAGGGUUGCUUGAGCUCCGCCUGGACUCCAGGGGGCUCCUCCCCCUUUGUGCUCCUCACGGCGGGGCGGGCGUGAGGGGGAAUGUCAUUGCCGCUCCGAGCCGCCGCUCCUCUGGCGCCCUCGUCCCGUCGGCUCUCGCCGCCGCCGCCGCCUCCUCAGCCGCACGGGGGACACGGAUGGCUAGUGGGGCGCAGGGGCCUUCUGGGGUGAGACCGCGGCGGUCGCAGCCGCUGCCGAGGCGGAGACUCCGGAUCGCCGCCGCCGCCUCCACCCCCAGUGUCCCGGCCUCGCGGUGCUGAGGGCGGGAGCGCGCCCAGCUCUUCCUCCGCCUCCUCCUCCUCCUCCUCGUUGUCGUCGUCGUCGCCCUCCUCCUCCUCCUCCUCCUCUGGGUCUCCGCCCAGCACCCCUCGCUCCAGGCGGCGGCGGCGGCCGCGGAGGACGAGCGAGACCCGCCGCCGGGGCACAACAUGGCGGAGCCCUCGGCCCCGGAGAGCAAGCACAAGUCGUCCCUCAACUCGUCCCCGUGGAGCGGCCUCAUGGCUCUGGGGAACAGCCGCCACGGGCACCACGGGCCCGGAGCCCAGAGCGCGUCCAGGGCGGCGGCGCCGCCGAAGCCGGGGCCCCCUGCGGGGCUGUCCGGGGGCUUGUCGCAGCCGGCCGGGUGGCAGUCGUUGCUCUCCUUCACCAUCCUCUUCCUGGCCUGGCUGGCCGGCUUCAGCUCGCGCCUCUUCGCCGUCAUCCGCUUCGAGAGCAUCAUCCACGAGUUCGACCCGUGGUUUAACUAUAGAUCAACACAUCACCUUGCAUCUCAUGGGUUCUAUGAAUUUUUAAAUUGGUUUGAUGAAAGAGCGUGGUAUCCACUAGGAAGAAUAGUAGGUGGCACUGUUUACCCAGGGUUGAUGAUAACAGCUGGCCUUAUUCAUUGGAUUUUAAAUACAUUGAACAUAACAGUUCACAUAAGAGAUGUGUGUGUAUUCCUUGCACCAACUUUUAGCGGCCUUACAUCUAUAUCUACAUUCCUGCUAACUAGAGAACUUUGGAACCAAGGAGCGGGACUUUUAGCUGCUUGUUUUAUUGCUAUUGUACCAGGGUACAUAUCUCGGUCAGUGGCAGGAUCCUUUGAUAAUGAAGGCAUUGCAAUUUUUGCGCUUCAGUUCACUUACUACUUAUGGGUAAAGUCUGUGAAAACUGGGUCUGUGUUUUGGACGAUGUGCUGCUGCUUGUCGUAUUUCUACAUGGUCUCUGCAUGGGGAGGCUAUGUGUUUAUCAUCAACCUUAUUCCUCUCCAUGUGUUUGUGCUGCUGUUGAUGCAGAGGUACAGCAAGAGAGUCUACAUAGCAUAUAGCACUUUCUACAUUGUGGGUUUAAUAUUAUCCAUGCAGAUACCUUUUGUGGGAUUCCAACCAAUCAGAACAAGCGAGCACAUGGCAGCUGCAGGUGUCUUUGCACUGCUGCAAGCUUACGCUUUUUUGCAGUAUCUGAGAGACCGGUUGACAAAGCAGGAGUUCCAGACACUUUUCUUUUUGGGUGUCUCACUAGCUGCAGGUGCUGUGUUCCUUAGUGUCAUCUAUCUGACAUAUACAGGUUACAUUGCACCAUGGAGUGGCAGGUUUUAUUCAUUAUGGGAUACUGGGUAUGCAAAAAUACACAUUCCAAUUAUUGCAUCAGUGUCUGAGCAUCAACCUACGACUUGGGUGUCUUUCUUCUUUGAUCUACAUAUUCUUGUAUGUACCUUCCCAGCAGGCCUAUGGUUCUGCAUCAAAAAUAUCAACGAUGAAAGAGUAUUUGUUGCUCUGUAUGCGAUCAGUGCUGUCUACUUUGCUGGAGUGAUGGUGCGGCUGAUGCUGACUCUGACCCCAGUCGUCUGCAUGCUGUCUGCAAUCGCCUUCUCCAAUGUUUUUGAGCACUAUUUGGGGGAUGACAUGAAAAGGGAAAAUCCACCUGUGGAGGACAGCAGUGAUGAGGAUGACAAAAGAAACCCAGGAAACUUGUAUGACAAGGCAGGUAAAGUGAGAAAACAUGUAACAGAGCAAGAGAAAACUGAAGAGGGCUUAGGCCCCAACAUCAAAAGCAUUGUGACCAUGCUCAUGCUGAUGCUUCUGAUGAUGUUCGCUGUCCAUUGCACAUGGGUCACGAGCAAUGCCUAUUCCAGUCCAAGUGUGGUCCUCGCCUCCUAUAAUCAUGAUGGCACCAGAAAUAUCUUAGAUGAUUUUAGAGAAGCAUACUUUUGGCUAAGACAAAAUACAGAUGAACAUGCCCGGGUCAUGUCCUGGUGGGACUAUGGCUAUCAGAUCGCUGGGAUGGCCAACAGGACUACUUUGGUGGAUAACAACACCUGGAAUAACAGCCACAUAGCACUGGUAGGAAAAGCUAUGUCUUCUAAUGAAACAGCUGCCUAUAAAAUCAUGAGGUCUCUGGAUGUUGAUUAUGUGUUGGUUAUUUUUGGAGGAGUUAUUGGCUAUUCUGGUGACGAUAUCAACAAGUUCCUCUGGAUGGUUAGGAUAGCUGAAGGGGAGCAUCCAAAAGACAUUCGGGAAGGAGACUACUUCACCCAGCAGGGAGAAUUCCGUGUAGACAAAGCUGGAUCUCCUACUCUGUUAAAUUGCCUUAUGUAUAAAAUGUCAUACUACAGGUUUGGAGAAAUGCAGCUAGAUUUUCGAACACCUCCAGGUUUUGACCGAACCCGUAACGCCGAGAUUGGAAAUAAGGACAUUAAAUUCAAGCAUUUGGAGGAAGCCUUUACAUCAGAGCACUGGCUUGUCAGGAUAUAUAAAGUGAAAGCACCUGACAACAGGGAGACACUAGGUCACAAGCCUCGAGUCACCAACAUCUUCCCCAAACAGAAGUAUUUGUCAAAGAAGACUACGAAAAGGAAGCGUGGCUACAUUAAAAAUAAACUAGUUUUUAAGAAAGGCAAGAAAAUCUCUAAGAAGACUGUGUAAACACACUGUCUGGCCUGACUUGCAGCAGUUGUCCUUGAGAGAACCCGUCUUUGCCUUCAGCUCAUGUCCUGUCUCACAGCACCAAGGGUACAGAAUCAUCGCUGGGCCAGGUCAAUGUACAAAAUGUUCUGGCAAUGCCUCAUUUAAAAAUUAAAUUGAUUUAUUGAGAACAACUGUUUUCGAUUGUAAUGUGAAGCAAGACAGAGCCGUGCUGUGAGCAUCUGGCAGAAGUUUUUUUUAUUAUUAUUAUUGGUACAUAUUACCCUUCAAAUCUGAGAAUUUGGACUAAUUGCACCAAAGAACCCUCUAAUUUGGUCCCUGGCACAUGCGUACUUGUCAUUUUUUUUUUUUUUUUUUUUUUUUUUUUUGUCCUUUUACGAGACCUGCAUUUUAUUUGAAUUACCCAAAUAGCAAUAUGUAAGACACAAAUGACAGUUGUAACAAGAGCUUCUUGACCAGUAAACAAACUAGCCCAGGUCUGAGAAAGAAGUGUUAGAGGAGAGUCUGCGUCCGUGAACUCUAUUUAUUUUCCUGCUUCUCCAGUGUGAAGAAUGUUUCAUCAAAUGUCCUCGUUGUUGUUCGCUGCCGCCAGAAGCAGCUGCUGCUGACGGUGGGCCUCUGUGUAGUUAGCGCCUGGGUAGGUGUUUGUGUUCAGGCAUCCACACUGCGGUUAGCAGGUGUUUUCACCAGGUACUUACAGAGCAGAUUUCAUGCAUUGUUCAUUCAAGGGCUAAAUUUCUAUCCUUUGGGAACCAUGGCAAGCACACACAGAACGUUGCUGCCUGGGAUGGCUUUGUCACCUUAGUACUGGGUUGGCACCGUGUUUUCAUGAAGAAUAAGGGGAGAGCGCUUAAAGUGGACAGGUAUCCAAAGUUCAUUUCUGUGACUCUUCAAAAUGACAAAGGAUUUGUAAACUUUGCCUGGAUUUUCCUCAUUUUAUACCAGUUUUGUUCAUCACAAUGAUUUCUGUUCACUGCUCCAUGUUUUUUAAUACCUUAAGCAUUUGAUGAAACACUCUUUAGUGCUAUAUAGGCAUUUUCUUACUUUUAUUACAAAUGUGACAAUUGUCAAAAGAUGCACUAAAAUAUAAAUGGAGAUUGAACAUGUUCAUUUUCCAGCUUAUAGGCAACUUUAUACAGACUUGAAAACUUUAUCCAGUUGUUUAGUAAAGUGAGAGAGAAAGGUUUCCUGCCGCAGGAGAACUUUUUAUACAACACGCCACUGCUUUUGGUGGGAAAGUACAGAAUAGUAUGUACCUUUUAUGAAGAAACCGUAAUUUACAAUGUUCUGUGAGAAUGUUACUGCUGAUUUCCUUUUUCAAGGUGUAGAAUAUUCUUUGAUUUAUAGAAUUCAUUUUUGACCCGGAUGAUGGUUCUUUUACAGACCAAUAAAAAAGGCUGAACAUUUUCACAAAUAAAGUGUAACUAAAUCUGGAUUUCUGAUACCUUGUCAUUUGGGGGAUUUUAUCUUACUUUGUUGCUUUACAAUUCAAUGCAGAGAAGUUAUUGACCGUAAGGGAAAUAAAGUUAAUUCAAAUUUUG